CCAACGCUUCAGACUGACAACAACUUAACCGAUUAGAGAUAAAUCGUCUCGGUAGAAACCCCAACAGGCCUCAACUCUGCUGUUGUCCUAUUGGCCUGUUCUAAAGAGGAGGGGGAGCCUGACACGGACUUGCUCAGACUUCCUUACAACUCUCCCUGAGUGUAACUCUUCUGUGAAAACAGCUCCUGGCCAAGCUGUUGCAUGGUGGCAAACCCACAGCUGAUGAGGAUCACAUGAAACGGAAAACAAAAGCCGAGGCUGAACCAAUAAUCGGGGUGUGAACGGGACUCGUUAUCACAAAGUCUGGCAUGGACUAUUUGUGACAUCAAGCUACAUAUAAUCAACUCUGAGCUGAGGGGGGCUUCACAAUGAGGGACCGACUGGAGGAACUGCAGAAAAAGUCUCAAGAGUUUUCUGAGAUUGCAGCUGAUGACCCUGCCCCUUCAUCAGAGGACGGUGAUGAUGAGGAGGAGUCUGGGGGCAUCACACCCCAGGCUGUGGUGUUUGAGGAGGAGCCCAUCUUUCAGAAUUUCCUCUCUGAGGCUCAAAAAGUCCGAGAUGACAUCUCAGCACUGGAAACAGAGGUCCUUAACAUCACUCAGCAUCAGAAGACGCUGGUGGCAGCCAUGCGACGAUUCAGUGCGAUGAAGAAAGAAAGCAGCAUCACACGGGACAUCAAGCUGCAGGCGGAAAGCCUCCAUCGGCGUUUAGAUCGUCUUUUAAAAUGGGUCCAAAGGACCGAGGAGCAGCUGGGACCGACUGCUGCUGCAGCGAGGAUACAACGCUCACAGCACGCAGGGCUGCACAGAUACUUCCAGCAGGUGAUGCGUCAGUAUAAUGAGGGCCUGCUGACCAAGCAGGAGCGGUGUAAGCACUUCAUUAUCCGGCAGCUGGAGGUGUUGGAGAAAAACGUUACAGAGGAGGAGGUGAAUGAGAUGGUAGCCACGGGAAAAUGGGAGAUGUUCAACGAGAACCUGCUAAAUGAUGCCAGAAUCACACGAUCACAACUGUCAGAGAUUGAACAGCGGCACAAGGAGCUGCUGAACCUGGAGAACAGCAUGAACGAGCUCAGAGACCUCUUCAUGGAUAUCUUCAUGCUGGUAGAGGAACAAGGAGCCAACAUCGAGUGCAUCCAGACCAACUUCGAGAGGACACAGGACUAUGUAGCUGCGACUAAUGAGAGGUUCAAGUUGGCUGCCAGGUAUAAAAAGAGGAACCCAAUCCGCCAGCUGUGCUGCUGCUGCUGUCCUCCGUGGAGAUGCUGCCUGUGAAGUUCAUUCCAAUUUUAGGUUUUAUUCCAAAACGUUCACUUAUGUGUUCAGAGCUGGUUAAGGUACAGCAGUUUCGCUGUUGAACAGAGACACGGCGGCGAAAUGCUCAGCAGAGCACAGAAACAAUUAACGGGGGGAGGGCAGGAGUUUCUUUCAGGAGCCGAGGGGAGAGCUAUUGGAAGAGACAAGUUAAAGAGGGUUUCUCACCAGCACUGUUGCUUAUUGGAGACCUUCACUGUCAUCUGGCAGAGGUCACAAACAAGAGGGGCGCCAAGCUGCUGGAUCAGCGGAAUGGAACGUUUUUCCCGCGGAGCAGGAUUUUUACACGGGACCAACACGCCAACGUCUUUCAUUCCAAACAGAAAACUAAAAUUUUGCUGACUUGUUUUCAGAGACGUCGGGCCGUUCCACUUCACCUCGUUUCUGCUCUACAAGCUGAUUAAAGGAGAAGGAGAGCACUUGUUUUACCAUUACUCAAUAUUUCUCAUUUGCAUUUCAAAGUCAGAUCCUUUUCAAUGAUUUUUCCAAUUAUUACUAUUAAUUUAUGCAGCUUCACAAAAGCCAGGGACUUGGGCAAAAGAGACUUGAUGAAAAAGAGUCAUAAAACAUUCUGCAAGUCAAACUAAACGCUGAUAGAUAUCACCGUUCAAUUCUACUUUACAUUUUUAUAUAUUCAGUUCUGUAUAGAUUUGUUCUGAUGAGGGGAAACAAAGUGCAACAUUAAUUUAUUUUACAUUUAUUUAAGUCAGAACUAACAGAACUAUUCCUUUUAGGGAUGGGUUUAGUUUCUGAUAUUAAUUUAUUAUCCUGCUGAAGCAAAAGCAGAAUAAACACCUAUUGGACUCACGGGUGAUCUCACUCUCAGGUGAACCAGUUCACAGUAAACUCACCUCUAAUCAGCGGUGAUGUGUCCGUGGCUAAGAACAGGUGGUGCUGGAGCCAAACUGGAAAUUCUGGUCCGUUCCCUUUUCCAGGAUAGCAGCCAGCAAAGGAAAACCUGUCAGGAACCAUGUAAACACACUUAGCUAGAACCGUGGACAGAAAUAUGAAAAUAAAGCACAUUAUUAAAUGAAUGCAGCUUUAGAGAAAUGCUCAGAAUUAAACGUUGAAACAUUACGGUAAAUAUCUCACUGGGACCAAAGAAACAGGAAAUAAAAGAAAUCCAGGGCUCUCUUUGCCCAGAUUGA